GAGUCUUCACUUAGUCAUUCGUCAUUCGCCGUACAGCCUUGGCGGUGUCAAGAUCGCUUUUCAAGUUACAACGGGAAGUUGUCCUCUCGCGGGAAUAGAGCAGUCCGGGCGCGUAUUUUUAUAUAGGUCCUCUGUUUAUCGUUGAAUCGCAUAUUCCAAGUCCUUCCGGAACGCAUGUCAACUUACUUCUCCAUAAUGAAGUGAUAUUGGGACAUUUUGAAUUGCCUGUAACUACAUAUGGAGAGAGGUUAUAACAGUACUUUUUUGGUCCAAUAUAAGCAUGAAUGCUUUAACAAGUUUUAUCUUACUUAUUUGUGAACCAGCGAGCAUCAUUCUCCGUAAUAGGUUGAUGCAAAAGACCAGAUAUAAAAUAGCCAGAUCAAUAUCGACUAUAAAUAUUAAAGAUAUUGAGAAUCACUCUAAGUUAGCAAAAAUUUGGUGGACAGACAUACAUAUGCUCCAUCAUUUCAAUCCACUUAGAGUGCAAUUUGUGAGAGAUGGUCUGGCUAAUACCGGUUUUAAAGAACAGACCCCAAGCUUGCCAUUGCAAGGGGUUAAAAUUGCAGAUGUGGGCUGUGGUGGAGGUAUCCUAAGUGAGGGUUUGGCUAGAACAGGGGCUGAAGUAACUGGGAUAGACGCAUCAGAAGAAUUGAUAAAUGUUGCUAAGCAGCAUGUAGAAUUGGAUUCUGAUAUAUCAAACAGAAUAAACUACAUCUGUACAAACAUUGAAGAAUUUUCUGAUAAAAAUGAGAAACUAUAUGAUGUUGUUAUAUCUUCUGAGGUUAUAGAACACGUAAAUAACCAGGAAUUAUUUCUAAAAGAAAGCAUAAAACUUCUGAAGCCUGGUGGAUCAAUUUUUAUAACAACACCAAACAAAACUCUAUUGUGCUGGUUGGCAGGUAUUGUAGUGAGUGAAUAUAUUAUAAAUGUAAUACCUCGUGGCACACAUGAUUGGAAUAACUUUAUUCCGCCACACGAAGUUCAACGUAUAUUGAGAAAUAAUGGUUGCAAAACUAAAUUGAUUCAUGGGAUAGUAUAUAAUCCGAUAACAAAGCAAUGGUCUUGGUCGUCCAGUACAGCACUUUGUUAUGGUCUUCAUGCAGUCAAGCAGAAAUAGAUACAUAAUUUUUCUCAGUGUAAAAUAUUUGUAUGAAACAUUGUAGAAAUAUAUAUUAUCUCAUUGUGCACCAAAGAUACUUAAAAAUGUAAUUACAUAUUUAUCUAGGUACAUAUAAGGAAUAGGCAGAAAUAUAUGUGGUAUUAUUAAAUAAAAUCAGCAUAUGA